AUGGCGUACAGGUUGGAGAAGCCAUUGACGAGGGUCGGCGUCUUGGUUAUGCGCGGGGUCGGUGGAGAUUAUGAGCACGGAUUGGCGCACGCGCGCGAGGAGUAUGGACAGUAUCGAGCUGCAGGUGGUCUUGCCCACGCCGCCUUUGCCGCCGACGAAAAUCCACUUGAGCGAGUCCUGGUCAACUUCACAGCAAUGACGACGGAUUUGAAAGAGGCCAAGCUCGAGCUUUUCCUUCAGUGGCUGCAGGUCCGCGAGAACUUUCUCUACAAGCAAGUGAACGGAGCUCAGCUACGAGGAUGUAAAAUCAAAUACUGCAGUCGUAGUAAACGGUUUGGGAUUUUUAAAUCGAACGAUGUGCCUGAUGGAGUCCUUCUAGUGGUUCCUCUUCAUUUGGCCAUAACUCCCAUGAGGGUACUGGAAGAUCCUCUGUUCGGACCCGAAUGUCGAUCGAUGUUCGAGGAAGGAGAAGUCGAUGAUAGAUUCUUGAUGAUGCUCUUUCUGACCGUGGAACGACUUAGGAAGUACUCUUCGUGGAAGCCGUAUCUUGAUAUGCUUCCUACUGAAUUUGGAAACCCACUUUGGUUUACUGAUGACGAGCUUACUGAGCUAAAGGGAACGACAUUGCAUAAGGCUACUGAACUGCAGACUAUUUCUGUUUUUUACCUUCAGCAUAUGACUGAAGGCAAGAAGAAAAACUUGAGGUCUCUAUUUGAUGAGAAGGUGAAGAAAUUGGCAGAGAAGCUUUUGGCUCAUGACGGACACAUUUCUGCUUGUAUUGGAACUAAGUGAUACUGAAUGCCGUAUUUUAAUUUUGACAGUGAAGUGAGAUUUGAAGACUUCCUAUGGGCGAAUUCCAUAUUUUGGACUCGGGCUCUUAAUAUUCCUCUCCCACGUUCUUUUGUCUUUCCGAGAGCUCAACUAGAACAAGACAGCACAACUAUCAAUGUUGCUAAUCACGCCUUUACUCAAGAUUCAGACAAUGUAGAAGAUGGAAAAGCUCCAAAAAUAAACGAGUCCGCAAGUCAAGUUCCUGAAGCCCAGCCUGCUUCACAAGGAGGAGAAACUCUAUGGGUCGAGGGUCUUGUGCCGGGCAUUGAUUUUUGCAAUCAUGACUUAAAGGCUGCAGCAACAUGGGAAGUUGAUGGAAAUGGAUCGACCACUGGAGUCCCUUAUUCUAUGUACCUCCUUUCUGCUGGGGAUCUCCAAGCUGGGAAAGAGAUAUCCAUCAGUUAUGGUAACAAGGGAAAUGAGGAACUUCUAUACCUUUACGGAUUUGUCAUUGAGAACAACCCAGAUGACUAUCUUAUGAUUCAUUAUCCCAUGGAAGCUAUUCCGGAUUUACCCUUCUCCGAGACCAAAGUGCAGCUUCUUGAAGCACAGAAAGGCGAGUUGAGGUGUCUCUUGCCUAGAAAAUUACUAGACAAUGGAUUUUUUCCCGAACAUUCUUCGCUCGAAGGAACUUACAACAAGAGCGCGAAGAACAAUCUGAGUAAUUUAAACUAUAGUUGGAGUGGACAACGUAAAAUGCCGUCAUACAUUAACAAACUCGUUUUCCCCGAAGAUUUCUUAACUUCCCUGAGAACAAUAACCAUGAAGGAGAAGGAACUAAACCGAGUCUCUUCAUUACUCGAGGAGCUUGUUGGAUCUGAAGGAGAGAGACAACCAUCCGAAACAGAAGUUCGAACAGCUGUAUGGGAAGCUUGCGGAGAUUCUGGCGCUCUACAAAUGCUCGUUGAUCUUCUUAACAUGAAGAUGAUGGAACUUGAAGAGGGUUCAGGCACGGAAGAAAAUGAUGCUGAAUUACUCGAGAAAGUCCACAUCAGAGAAACUUCAAAUGAGGAAAGCUCAAAAUGUCAUUCCAUGAGCAGAAAUAAAUGGGCUAGCAUAGUAUAUCGGCUAGGGCAAAAACAGUUGGUUCGUCGUUUCGUGGCUGAGGCAGAACAAGCAUUGCAGUUGGCAUUGAGCGAGGAUAACUAGAGUUCGUUUUGUAUGAACAUUGUCUUUUUCGAGUUUUUGGUUCAUUUUUCUUUUUUUUGUAACAUUUUAUAUAUAUUCAAAUAAUUACAAUAAAACGUUCAAUAUGCAAAUGCACUAUAAUGCAUUUAGAAUAAUACUUCUUGCAGUGAGUAACCAUAGCAUUAUAUGAAGCUUAUAACAUUCCAAACUUCUGACUUAAUAGUAAAAGCUUCUAGUUUUC